AUGAGUCGGGGGGUGGGGGGGACAACAGGCGGGCACGGCCAGGCAGACCCAGAGCAGCAGCUCUGCCAGGGCGGCAAAACGGUGCCUGCGCCACGCCGAGGAGGGGGCUCUACCGCCGCGCCCCCGGGCCGGUCACCUCAGCCGUCAGGAGAGCAGGACCCACCUACACAGCGCUCCCCUUCCACCGGCCACCGACGCGGCUCCACCGAGAAAUGUCUGAAAACACACAGCUUUUCCCGCUUCCAAAUACUUUCUGUUACCAACAACACAGAAUGUGCGAAGCUACUGGAGGAAAUCAAAUGUGCACACUGCUCACCUCAUGCUCAGAACCUAUUCCACUCACCUGAGAAAGGGGAAACACCUGAAAGAGAACUAACUCUUCCCUACCUGUGCAAAGACUAUUGUAAAGAAUUCUAUUAUACUUGCAGAGGUCACAUACCAGGUUUUCUCCAAACUACAGCUGAUGAGUUUUGCUUUUACUAUGCAAGAAAAGAUGGUGGUGUAUGCUUUCCAGAUUUUCCAAGAAAACAAGUGCGAGGGCCAGCUUCUAACUCCCUGGACCACAUGGAAGAGUACGACAAAGAGGAAGAGAUCAGCAGAAAACACAAGCACAACUGCUUCUGUAUUCAGGAGGUUGUGAGUGGACUAAGGCAGCCUGUUGGAGCAGUACAUUGUGGGGAUGGAUCCCAUCGCCUGUUUAUUCUUGAGAAAGAAGGAUAUGUGAAGAUUUUCAGUCCAGAAGGAAACAUACUCAAGGAACCUUUUUUGGAUAUACACAAGCUUGUUCAAAGUGGAAUAAAGGGAGGAGAUGAAAGAGGACUGUUAAGCCUUGCAUUCCAUCCCAAUUACAAGAAAAAUGGAAAGCUGUAUGUGUCUUAUACCACCAACCAAGAACGGUGGGCUAUUGGACCUCAUGACCACAUCCUUAGGGUCGUAGAAUACACAGUAUCCAGGAAAAAUCCACACCAAGUUGAUAUGAGAACAGCAAGAGUGUUUUUAGAAGUAGCAGAACUACAUCGAAAACACCUAGGAGGACAGCUUCUGUUUGGCCCAGAUGGUUUCCUAUACAUUUUUCUUGGAGAUGGCAUGAUCACUCUAGAUGAUAUGGAGGAGAUGGAUGGUUUAAGUGAUUUUACAGGUUCUGUAUUGCGCCUCGACGUAAAUACUGACCUGUGCAAUGUCCCUUAUUCCAUACCACGGAGCAACCCACAUUUUAAUAGCACAAACCAACCUCCCGAGAUUUUUGCACAUGGACUCCACAAUCCAGGCCGAUGUGCUGUGGACCGCCACCCAACAGAUGUAAACAUCAAUUUAACUAUACUUUGCUCAGAUUCAAAUGCAAAGAACAGAUCUUCAGCAAGAAUCUUACAAAUAAUAAAGGGUAAAGACUAUGAAAGUGAGCCUUCACUUUUAGAAUUCAAACCGUUCAGCAGUGGAUCCUUGGUUGGUGGAUUUGUCUAUCGAGGCUGCCAGUCUGAAAGACUCUAUGGAAGUUAUGUAUUUGGAGACCGCAAUGGAAAUUUUUUAACACUGCAACAGAGUCCUGCAACCAAACAGUGGCAAGAGAAACCCCUCUGUCUUGGCAACACUGGUUCAUGUAGAGGUUUCUUCUCAGGCCCUGUCUUGGGAUUUGGUGAAGACGAAUUAGGUGAGAUUUACAUAUUAUCAAGCAGUAAAAGUAUGACACAGCCUCACAGCGGAAAACUCUACAAGAUCAUUGACCCAAAAAGGCCUUUAGUCCCUGAAGAAUGCAAGAGAACAGCUCAGUCGGCACAGAUACUGACAUCUGAAUGCUCAAGGCAUUGUCGGAAUGGGCACUGCACUCCCACAGGAAAAUGCUGCUGUAAUCAAGGCUGGGAAGGAGAGUUCUGCAGAACUGCAAAAUGUGACCCAGCCUGUCGACAUGGAGGUGUCUGUGUAAGGCCUAAUAAAUGCUUAUGUAAAAAAGGCUAUCUCGGCCCCCAGUGUGAACAAGUGGAUAGAAACAUCCGAAGAGUGACAAGGGCAGGUAUUCUUGAUCAGAUCCUAGACAUGACAUCCUAUUUGCUGGAUCUAACCAGCUAUAUUGUAUAGUUUCUGGGACUAUUUGGAAACUACACUUUCAAUGGGCAUUUGUUUUGAAUCCUGUCAUUUUUAAAAGACUGUUAUCCUGCAACAAAUACUGGUGAUUUGAUUUACUUUAUUAAUUUAAGUAUAAUAUCCACAAAUGUGCAGAUAAAUUCUUUGUAUGUGUGUAAAUAUUUCUGUACGUCUCCACAGACGUACCAAUAUCCAAUACGUGCGCACAUACACAUGCACGCACUAUCACAAAUACGGUCUUGCAGCUAGUGGAAUUUUUUUUUAUAUUUAUUUCUUCAUGAGAAAUAGUUUACAAAGUAAUUCCACUGUAAACCACAUUUUCAUCAAAGGACUUCCAUGAUGUCUUAAUGGAUUCUUUGACAUCCCAGAAAUCUCGUGUCUGUACCUAUCUGAUUAUAGCAAUAAGAGAGCAAUUUUCAAACAUCGCUGUAUAAACUGCUGGACUUAAUAAAAUCCAGUUGUAACAGUUUCUAAGGUGAACUGAACUACAUCAUGAGACAAUAUUUCAGAACUCCUUAAUGCAUUCCUGUCUAGGCAAUUCAUUGUAAGACUGUAACCUUCACCUUCAUCAAUGUAACUCUAUUACAGAAUGUUACGCAUUUCUUUAUCUAGCAUAGAUGCAAAAAUCUGGUUAUCGCAGCUUAAUAUCAAGAUUGUUUAAAGUGUUUAAUAAUUAAAUUAUAUUCACAUAUUUCAAAACCAGUCAUCCUAGAAGGUCUGCUUUUUAUCAUAUAUUUUAUUUAACGAUGGGCACUGGGUUCAUGUUACAUAUUUAUAUUAUUUUAUUUUAUUUUUAUAAUAUAGACAUCACCUAGAUGAGACAGCUUUACCAUGUCCUGUAAAAUACUAAAGUUACAUUUUUCACCAACUUAAUUGGAAAGACGGGGAAAGAGAAAGCAAACACACUCUUUAAUGUGUUGUGGAUCUAAUCUAGAAAUGUAUCCUUGUGUCAACUUGUAUUCAUUUACGA